GGAGGCGCGAUCCGCCCGGCCGCCUUUCUCGCGCGCACCGAGGGCGCCCCUCCCUCGACCGGCGCCGUGACGUCACCGGCCGAAGCGGCGAGGAGUCGCCCCCGAGCGGAGCGCCGCCGGAAGGCCGGGGAGGAGGAGGAGGAGGAGGCGGCGGCGGCGGCUCCUCGGGGCUCCCUCGGCCGGCGGGCAUGGAGGUGGUGGCGGCGAAGGUGCUGUGCCUGGUGGGCACGCUGGCGCUGAUGCUGGCGGGCGCCCUGCUGCCGGUGAAGGUGCUGGAGGCGGACCCCGAGCGGGCGCAGCGGUCCCGGCGGGCCCUCGGCCUCUGCAACGCGCUCGGCGGCGGCGUCUUCCUGGCCACCUGCUUCAACGCGCUGCUCCCCGCCGUGCGCGAGAAGCUCCAGGAGGUUUUGAAACUGGGCAACGUGACCACCGAUUAUCCUCUGGCAGAGACCCUCAUGAUGCUGGGAUUCUUCGUGACCGUCUUCGUGGAGCAGCUGGUCUUGACCUUCCGGAAGGAGAAGCCGUCCUUCAUUGACCUGGAGACCUUCAAUGCUGGCUCAGACGUGGGCAGCGACUCCGAGUACGAGAGCCCCUUCAUCGAGCCUUCCUGGGGUCACGGCCACCGGGCCGACCGUGGCCGCCACAGCCACGGGCUGGCCAUCUGCGAGCUCUCCCGCUCCAGCCCGCUGCGGCUCUUCAGCCUGGUCUUUGCCUUGUCCGCCCACUCCAUUUUUGAAGGCCUGGCCCUGGGCCUGCAGGAGGAGGGCGACAGAGUCAUAAGCCUCUUCCUGGGGGUGGCCAUCCACGAGACUCUGGUGGCCGUGGCCCUGGGGAUCAACAUGGCCAAGACCGGGCUGAAGGUCAAGGAGGCCUCCAAGCUGGCCGCGGCCGUCAGCCUGAUGAUCCCGCUGGGCAUCGCCAUCGGCAUGGGCAUUGAGAGUGCCCAGAACGUGGCCAGUGACGUGGCCUCGGUCGUCCUGCAAGGAGUCGCCGGGGGCACCUUCCUCUUCGUCACCUUCUUUGAGAUCCUGGCCAAGGAGCUGGAGGACCAGAGCGACCGCCUGCUCAAAGUCCUCUUCCUGGUCCUGGGCUACGCGGCCCUGGCAGGCCUCGUUUUCUUCAAGUGGUGACGGGCCUCCGCUCGGCCGCCUUGUCCCGGAACGGGCCAGGGCUCUCCCUCGCACG